AUGGCCUUAGCUGAUAAGAGACUUGAAAAUUUGCAGAUAUACAAAGUUCUUCAAUGUGUCCGGGAAAGAAAUAAGAAGCAGAUAGAGAAACUGACCAAGUUGGGAUACCCUGAACUUAUUAAUUUCACCGAGCCCACGAAUGGUGAUAGUGCCCUUCAUUUGGCCUCUGUCUCAAAUGAUGUUGAUAUGGUCAGCUUUCUCCUUGAUCUGGGAGCUCACCCUGACGUGCAAGAUCGAAUGGGCUGUACUCCAGCUAUGAGAGCCGCAGAGCUGGGCCAUGACUUAACUCUGGAAAAAUUGGCCAGAGCACAGGCUGACAUGACCAUAGUUGAUAAUGAAGGAAAAGGAAUUCUGUUUUAUUGCUUAUUGCCCACCAAAAGACACUAUCGCUGUGUUGUGAUUGCCCUGGAAAAUGGGGCAGAUGUCAACAAUUGUACAUUUGAUGGAAAGCCAAUAUUUCUUAGAGCUUGUGAAGAAGCACAUCAAAUUAAAGACGUGUGUAUGAGAUUUUUGGAAAAAGGAGCCAAUCCAAAUGCAAUCAAUUCGUCAACAGGUCGAACUGCAUUAAUGGAAGCUGCAAGAGAAGGAGAGAUAGAUGUGGUUCGAGGUAUACUUGAAAGAGGAGGAGAUGUUAAUGCUUAUGACAACGAGAGGCAACAUGCUUCACAUUUUGCUGCCAAAGGGGGCUAUUUUGAUAUAUUGAAGCUUAUUUCUGCUUAUAAUGGCGAUGUGGGGAUUAUCGCAAUGAAUGGAAAUACACCACUCCAUUAUGCUGCCAUGGGUGGUUUCGCAGAGUGCUGUAAAUUUAUAUCUCAACGAGGAUGUGACCUAAAAUGGAAGAACUUAGAUCACAAGACACCAAGAAAUGUUGCUAAAGAAGGUGGCUUCAAGGCAGCAUCCAAAGAAAUACGCAAAGCUGAGCGAAUUGACAAAAAACUAUCCAAGCCUGGAGUGCAUAAUCCAAAUCCACCCUGGGCAGUUAGAUUACAUGACUGGUCUUAUGAACAUGAAAAAGAAUUGCGAGAUGCCUUUGCUUCUGUGGAUCGUGGUGAUGGAACUUUAACUAAAGAGGAUUUUGUGAUGGUGCUUGAGGAAAUGCAAUCAUUAGCAAGCACAGAAGAGCUAGUUGCUCUCGCUCAGCGUCAUGAAAAGAGCCGAGGAGCAGGUGUUAACGUUAAUGAAUUCUUUAAAGGGACCAAAUAUUUGCAAAAGGCCUUUGUGCUGGGAUCCUAUGGACCCAAGAAAAAGAAGAAGGGAAAGGGCAGGAGGGGCAAGAAAGGCAAGUUUGUCCUUCCUCUUCCAGUCUGCUAUAUUCCUGACCAUGUAUUUCCACGCCGAAAGGAGGGUGGGCCACCUUACUAUAUGAUUGAAACUUACCACAACAUUACAGACUGCAAUAGAUUUAAUCGAGAUUUUCCACCCAGACAUCCCAUUCAGGAUGAUUCUUCCUGGUAUGUUGAUGACCCUGGAAAAAUGUACUGCAAUAUUAAUUACAUCACCAAAAGUGGAGAUUUGGCAUCCCUGAAAAAAGCAUUUGAAGCAGGAAUACCAGUAGAUAUGAAGGACAGCUUUUAUAAAACUCCAUUAAUGGCUGCAUGUGAAUGUGGAAACAUAGACGCUGUGAAAUUUCUUCUUGAAAGGGGGGCCAAUGUUAAUGAAACGGAUAAUUUCCUAUGGACUCCACUCCAUCAUGCAUGCCAUGCAGGUCAACAGGAUAUUGUUGAACUCCUUGUACAGAACGGAGCCAUUAUAGAUGCACCUUCAAUCAACAACUCAACACCUUUAAUGAGAGCCGUUGAAAGCUGUAGACUGGAUACUGUACAAUACUUAAUUGAAUUAGGUGCUAAAUUUCAGGCUACAAACAGAAAAGGACAUAAUGCUUUGGAUAUUGCCAAAGCCUAUGCUGACUACAAAAUAAUUGACUAUAUCCAAGAGAAGAUGGACCGUUUGCCAAAAGCAGUAGAAGGGAAAGGAAAGGGGAAACAAAAGCCACCUCCUAAACCUGCAACUCCAGUUGGUGAAGUUAAUAAAGAAGAGGAGCCACUUCCACCAGUUUAUGAUAUCCCACCCAUAAAGGAAGUAAAAGCACCCGUUAAGGAUAAUGUUGUUCACCUCAAUUCCCUGAUUACCAGUGGAUUUACAAAGAAAGUUAACAUCACAUUCAUACCACGGAAACUCUGGAGCCCUGAAGCUACAACUGCAGAAUUAGUCAAGAAAAGAGAAAUGCGGCGUGAGCGUUUCACUUAUGAGGUGGACUUUGAAGACUUCAUGAUGCCGUUUCAAAAGAACUUCACUGAAAAAGCUCGAGCCAUGGAAGCCUCUAUGGUUUCCUAA